AUGGAACCCACUUGCUACAGCGUCGGUGGAAUCUUUGAUGAUGGCAGCAGUGUGAGCUCGUUGACGACAGUGCCAGUCUCCAAUAGAAGCAAAGUAACUCCAGAAACCUGCAGGAUGGCGCAAGUAGCCGGCUCUCACCACCCAAGCAUCUUUUCCGAUAUCACCGCUUCUGACGACAGCGAAGCUCUUGACCCUGAUUUGCUGGCAGAGGUGGAACGGCAAGCGGAACAAGCCCGAAGGCAAGUGGAACAAGCCCGAAAGCAAGCGGAACAAGCCCUAAGAAAGCAAGUGGAACAAGCCCGAAAGCACGCCAAAAAGAAACAGCGCAAGCGCAAUCUCGAACGAGCAAAGCAAGCGGAGCACGAGGACCAGAAGAAGCCGACAAAGAGGCGCCGCGACGACGAAGACGACGAGGACGGAAACGAAGGGGGUGGGAAACCUGCUCUAUCUGCAAAAUAA